GUCAACCCGCCUGACAACCAACUGCUCCUUCUCUCUUUCUUUUUUCCCUCAGUGUGUGUGUGUCCUUCGCUCACCCAACUCUCUAUAACUCUCUCUCCCUUGUUCCUCAGAGAGGCACACGCCCCAUAGGACAAACAGCCAAGAUGUUUAUAUUUCAGAAAGUUGCAGGUGGCCUUGUGGAUAUUGUGAGCAACAUUGACCUGGCUAAGUUUGUGCCUUCGGACCCUCCUCCUCCCAAACGACCUCUGGCCUACACUGAAAGCCACGAGAGCGAUGAGGAGAAACAGUUUCGCCGUGUCUUCCAACAGCUGGCUGGAGAUGACAUGGAGGUGAGCCCCAAGGAGCUAAUGGACAUCCUGAACAGGAUUGUUUCUAAAUAUGAUGACCUGAAGACGAAUGGUUUCAGCAUUGAGUCCUGCAGGAGCAUGGUCGCUGUCAUGGAUAGCGACAGCACAGGCAGACUGGGCUUCCAUGAGUUCAAAUACCUGUGGAACAACAUCAAGAAGUGGCAGGGCAUCUAUAAAUCUCAUGAUGCUGAUCGCUCUGGUGUGAUCAGUGCUCGGGAGCUGCCAAAUGCCUUCAAGACUGCUGGUUUCCCUCUGAACCAGCAGCUCUUGCAGAUGAUUGUCCGUCGCUAUAGUGAUGAGCAUGGCGACAUGGAUUUUGACAAUUACAUCGGCUGCCUUGUGCGACUGGACGCCAUGUGCAGAGCCUUUAAGACUCUGGAUAAGGACAACAGUGGUCUCAUCAACCUGGACAUCAAGGAGUGGCUUCAGCUGACGAUGUACUCAUGAAGCAACAGACUGAAGUGGAACA